CAUACCACUACCUCCUCCUUAUAUACCUCAAUACCUACAUAAGGUACCCAAUAAAACAACAUGCGCACCCUCCUCCUCACCCUCGACGCCUUCAAUACCCUCUUCCACCCCCGCCCCUCAAUCCCCCACCAAUACGCCUCCGUCGCCCACGCCCACGGUCUCCCCCGCACACAGAUAACCCCGGAACGCAUCCAAUCCGCCUUCAAAGCCGCCUACAAAGACGCCUCCAAAUCACAUCCAAACUACGGCCGCGACGCCGUUCUUCGCGGUCAGUACGGUGGCCCGCGCCAAUGGUGGGAAGACGUCGUGCGGAGUACUUUCACGCGCGCCCUAGAUGCUCCCUCAUCCCACUCGGCCAACUUGCCGGAGGGUCUCGUCCCCGCUCUUCUUGAUCGCUUCGCGAGUAAAGAUGGAUAUGCGCUUUAUGACGACGCGCGGGACUUUAUUGCGCGGAUGCGGCGGGCGCGGUAUGAGACUGGUGGUAGUAGCACGGGAGUAGGGAAGGGAAGGAAGAGGCUCGCUCCGUUCGAUCGGGUCUUUGUCGGCGUGGUGUCGAACUCUGAUGAUCGCAUUUCUGUUGUCUUGGAGUCUCUGGGUGUGAGGGUUGGGCGGUGUCGCGCGGACGAGGAUAUCACGAGUGGGAGGCUUCCUGGAUUUGAAGAGAGGGGCGGUGGAUUAACCCCUGGUGAGGAGGGGCGCGAGAAUGAUAAUGAUGUCGAUCUGGUCGUUACGAGCUACGAGGCCGGCGCUGAGAAGCCUAAUCGGAGGAUCUUUGACGUUGCGCGGCGGCAGGCUGGGCGGGUGGCGUUGGCUGUGGAUGGGGGUGAUAGUGGGAGUGCGGAUGAGGGCUGGACGUGCGUGCAUGUUGGAGAUGACUUGGAGAAGGAUUAUCGGGGUGCUCUUGCUGCUGGGUGGGGCGCUUAUUAUAUCCCUAGGGAGGGAGAUAGUGAGGCUCCGGAGGGGGUGCGGACUGUGCGGUCGCUGGUAGAUUUGAUUCCGGCGUUGGAGGAAUAUAAAUAAGGGGACGUGUAGACCUGUAGGUGGGAUUGUGCAUUCAGAGCUAUUGCAUCCUUCGGUAGCGUUUGUUUAUACGGCUGGUAAGUAGGUAGACCAGACUUGAUUUGUGUAAGAUAGAAAGAUUACAUGCUGGCAUGUGGUAUAUUCAGGAACACAAGUCCAACUCCUAUCUGGACAAUGGAGAUAAUCUAAA